AUGGAGGAGGCCAAGCAAGCGUUCGCCAAUUACGCUGCUUAUCACCGAAUGCCUAUGCGCUUCCAAGCGACGAUGGACGCUGGGAGAGGAGCAACGGCAACCAGAAAAGAAACCACACAACAAGAGGGACUUCCAUACACGCUCCGGAGGGACAACGGUGUGGAAGAGCCGCUGCAGGUCCCCCAGGACCAAAUCACCGAACCCACCCAGUCCAAGGGAGGCCCUGGACACCCUAAAGGGUCUGAAAACAGACAGAGGGCGGAAAACUGGCAUCUGUGCCGCUGGCGAACCAAAGGACCACGAGGCUCCAAUCCGGCUCGAAGAGGCGUCGCAUAG